GGGCGGCGGAGCGGAGCGGGGCAGAGCCACGGCGGCUGCAGUGUAGAUCUGGAGUCCAUCUCAGCCUGAGCUCCUGGGAUCCUGUCGCCAUGGAGACCGAAAGUGAGCAGAACUCCAACUCCACCAGCGGGAGCUCCAGUUCUGGAGGAAGCACCCGGCCUCAGAUCUCGCAGAUGUCUCUCUAUGAGCGACAGGCAGUACAGGCCCUGCAGGCACUCCAGAGACAGCCCAAUGCAGCCCAGUACUUCCAUCAGUUCAUGCUCCAGCAGCAGUUUAACAGUGCCCAACUUCACAGCCUGGCUGCUGUCCAGCAGGCUACAAUUGCAGCCAGUAGACAGGCCAGCUCCCCCAACACUAGCACCUCGCAACAGACCACCACCACCCAGGCUUCUUUGCAUGCUAACAGUGAUUCUCAAGCUCAGCAUACAAAUGAGAUCAACCUUGCCACCACCUCAGCUGCUCAGCUGAUCAGUCGGUCCCAGAGCGUGAGCUCCCCGAGCGCCACCACGCUGACGCAGUCUGUGCUCCUCGGGAACACCACCUCACCACCUCUCAACCAGUCACAGGCACAGAUGUACCUGCGGCCGCAGCUGGGGAACCUGUUGCAGGUGAACCGGACCUUGGGCCGCAAUGUGCCUCUCGCCUCCCAGCUCAUCCUGAUGCCCAAUGGGGCUGUGGCUGCUGUCCAGCAGGAGGUACCACCCACUCAGUCUCCUGGGGUCCACGCAGACACAGACCAGGUGCAGAACUUGGCUGUGAGGAGCCAGCAGACCUCUGCCACUAAUGCCCAGCUCCAAGGCUCUGCUCAGAAGACAGCCCUGCCAGGAAGCUCCCAGGCUUCGGGCUUACCGCAGGCCACCAGCACGGGCCAGACCAUGGCGGUGGCCCAGGCCUCCUCCAGCGGGGCAGGCCAGUCCCUCAACCUGAGCCAGGGAGCUGCGGGCAGCAAUGGUGUCUCCGGGGGUGUGGUGGCCAGCGCUGGGAGCCAGCCCCCGAUGGGACUGAGCCAGAGCUCCUCAGCAGGUGCCACUGGCAGUUGCCAGAGGAAGGGCACCGGCGUGGUUCAGCCGUUGCCGGUGGCGGCUGCCCAGGCCGUGACUGUCAGCCAGGGGAGCCAGACGGAGACGGAGAAUGCAGCUGCAAAGAAGGGUGACACAGACAGUGCUGGACAGCAAACGGUGGGCAUGAACCUCACCAGGACCGCUACACCAGCACCCAGCCAGACGCUGAUCAGCUCAGCAACAUAUACGCAGAUCCAGCCACACUCACUGAUCCAACAGCAGCAGCAGAUCCAUCUGCAGAAGCAGGUGGUGAUCCAGCAGCAGAUAGCCAUUCAUCACCAGCAGCAGUUCCAGCACCGCCAGUCCCAGCUCCUCCACACAGCCACCCAUCUCCAACUGGCUCAACAGCAGCAACAGCAGCAAGCAGCAUCUCUGACCCAGCAGCAGCAGCAGCAAGCUCAGCCUCCGCAGCAGCAGGCUCCCCCUCAAAACCAGCAGCAGGCACAGACCCUUGUGGUGCAGCCUAUGUUGCAGUCCCAGCCACCGCAUUUGCAGCUCCAGCAGGACAGUCCGUGCCAGCCAGCCACCAAGUCACCCGUUCCUAUCCAGUCAAAAUCUCUGGUCACCCCCAUCAAACCCUCUCAGCUUGGGCCUGCCAAAAUGUCAGCCACACAGCAGCCUCCGCCACACAUCCCAGUGCAGGUAGUGGGCACUCGGCAGCAGGGCUCAGGCCAAGCCCAAGCGCUGGGCUUGGCUCAGAUUGCUGCAGCGGUGCCAACGUCCCGGGGAAUGCCAGCUGUAGUCCAGCCUGUUUCCCAAACCCAUGCUGCUUCCCCAUCAUCGUCUUCAGCUCCAGCAUCCUCACAGGAAGCUCCCCCUCUCACCACAGGGGUGAAUUUGGCACAAGUUCAAGGCACAGCCCACAUGGUGAAGAGCCCAGCUUCCUCUCCAGUUGUGGCUCAGAUGCCAGCAGCAUUCUACAUGCAGUCUGUCCAGUUGCCAGGCAAAUCUCAGACCUUGGCAGUAAAGCGCAAGGCAGAGUCAGAGGAAGAGAAGGAGGAGCCAGCCAGUGUCACCAUACUCCUGCCUGCCAGGUCCUCUCCUGUAACAGACAGCCCCAAAAACAUGGAGGAGAAGAGUGCCCUUGGAGAUAAUUCUGAUACCGCUGCCAUUGCAACCCCAAAUGCCACGUCAAGUGAAGGAGUCUCAGCCACCCCCACCUCUGCUUCCACCCCAAACUUGGCAUUGAUGUCACGUCAGAUGGGAGACUCCAAACCUCCUCAAGCCAUCGUCAAGCCCCAGAUCCUCACACACAUCAUUGAAGGCUUUGUCAUCCAGGAGGGAGCAGAGCCCUUUCCAGUGGGUUGUUCUCAGCUACUGAAAGAAUCUGAGAAACCACUGCAGGGAGAGGCUCCUUCUGGUCAGAAUGAAAACCUGUCCAGCAAUUCUCUGGGAGAGGAUAGUGCUUCCAUGGAGCUUGACAAGAAGGCAAACUUGUUGAAGUGUGAAUAUUGUGGGAAGUAUGCCCCAGCAAGCCAGUUCCGUGGCUCCAAGAGGUUUUGUUCCAUGACCUGUGCUAAAAGGUACAAUGUCAGCUGCAGCCAUCAGUUUCGGCUGCAGAGAAAGAAGAUGAAGGAAUUCCAGGAAGCCAACUAUGCCCGUGUGCGCCGACGGGGACCACGGCGCAGCAGCUCCGAAAUCGCUCGAACGAAGAUCCAGGGCAAGCGCCACAGGGGCCAGGAAGACUCGAGUCGAGGCUCUGAUAACUCCAGCUAUGAUGAAGCUUUGUCCCCUACAUCUCCAGGACCCCUGUCAGUAAGGGCCAGUCAUGGAGAGAGGGACCUGGCAAACUCUAAUAUGGCCCCCCCUGCCCCAGAUCUACAUGGCAUCAAUCCAGUCUUCCUGUCCAGCAAUCCUAGUCGUUGGAGUGUGGAGGAAGUGUACGAGUUCAUUGCGUCAUUGCAAGGGUGCCAGGAAAUUGCUGAGGAAUUUCGGUCACAGGAAAUUGAUGGUCAGGCCCUGUUGCUUCUGAAGGAGGAACAUCUCAUGAGUGCCAUGAACAUCAAGCUGGGACCAGCUCUCAAGAUCUGUGCCAAGAUCAAUGUCCUCAAGGAGACUUAAGAACUCUGAAGCCAGAGGUCUCACUUUUGCUCUGACCCCAGGGCAGCUGCCAGUUUUGGAGCAUCCUGCUGGGGCAGGGAAGAAUGGGACAGUCCCCUGUGGUCUUGCAUUCAAGAAGAAUGAGGAGGAAUUUAACUGAUUGAAACUGCCAGGCACAAGCCCAUCUCUUGGUCUCUCAAUGGUGCUACAAGGUUGAGGAAAACUGCCACCUGGGGCCUUUAAACAACUUUCCUUCUUCCUGAUUUUGAAUAUGCCUCCCCUGUAUACACCACAUAAAGAUGUUAAGGGGAUCUCUUUCUGUCUUGAAAGACUUCUGAAAGGGAAUUGCCCUCAACCCUUUCUGCCACAGCAGAUCUGCUAGAUCUUAGCUUUGAAUAUCAUUGCCAGAACACAAGGCAUAGGAAGAGCUGGCCCCACAUGGACAGUGGGAGCACCGGUGCUUGGGGCUUUUCUGAAGGGGAAAUAGCACAUUGCAAGUGUCAGAGGUGACAAACAAGAAUUUGAGUAAAAGGGGCUGCUGCUAUUCCACUCUUAAAAAUACCUAGGCUGCUCAUGAACUGGGUUUAAUAGCCAUUCCAGCAUGCAUACCAAACUUGAAGGCCUGUGGCAAUAGGAGCUGUCUUGUCUUCACUCUGCAUGUCUACAGGAGACAGUAAAGCUAAAGUGUUGUGGCAGCUAUUCACUCCAGGUGCUCCUCUCAGAACCAGUCAGAGGAUUUUUCAUGAGUACUUAUGACAAAAUGAUGGGAAACUCAAAGGGGAGGGGAUUGUUUUACAUUAGGGAACCUUGCAGCACGAGGUCUGUCUUCCCAUUGUGUUAGAGUAUAAUUUACAGAUCCAAAGCAGUCUCCAGAAGCACCAAGGCUUUUAAUUAAAUGGGCUGGGGUUUUGUUUUGUGUGUUUUCUUACCAGUUUGUAUUCUUUCCUUUUUGUGUCUGUCUUUGUUAUCCUCAGGAGAGCUUACAGGACAAAAUUUAGGCUGACAGGAUUGUACUGCUUGCCUCAGGCGUUCUGG